AUGCUGGAUAAACUUUCGAGCCUCAGUGGCCAGAUCCCCCCCUCGCUGCUGCACCGUUUCGAGUCGCUCGGACCGGUCGCGGUCACGGCGGCCGUUUCGAUCUCAGCUGUUGCCCUACUUGCGGUGGUGUACCGCCCGUUCAGGGAGAUGCUCGUCUUUUCGUACAACUGUUUCCUCCAGCCGCUCGGCAAGACCAACAACCAGGCCGAGCGCCUGGACCGCUUCUACCAACACCAGGCUUCGGUCUACGAUGCGACGCGUACCGGUCUUCUUCGUGGCCGCAAGACCAUGCUCAAGCUUUGCGCUGCCGAGAUGCGCCAGCUGCGUGAAAAGGAGCCGCACCGCAAGCUCAUCUGGGUCGACAUUGGCGGCGGCACCGGCUGGAACAUUGAGCAGAUGGACAAGUACUUUCCGGUCGCAGAGUUCGACCAGGUCUUCUUGAUCGAUUUGUGCGAGCCGCUGCUGGAGGUCGCGCGCGAGCGCUUCCAGCGCCUCGGCUUCAAGAACGUCAAGGCGCUCUGCCAGAACGCCAAGGACUUUGAGCUGCCGGGCCUGCCGGACGACAAGAAGGUCGACCUGUUCACCUGCUCCUACUCGAUUUCGAUGAUCCCGCCCUUCUUUGCGGUGCUCGACCGGAUCAACGAGUUCCUCGACACCAAGGUCGGUGUGUUUGGUGUCGCCGACUUUUACGUGUCGAGCGCCGAGUCGACCUCGGACCAGAGCACGCUCGUGGGCGGCUCGGUGAUGCGCAAGUGCCACUGGCUCAACUCGUGGUUCUGGCGCAACUGGUUCUCGCUCGACCACAUCGAGCUGCACCCCGCGCGUCGCGACUACCUCGAGCACAAGUUUGGUACGAUCAAGUGCUUCAACGGCCGCAACCACUUUAUCGUGCCGUACCUGGUGCGCAUCCCCUACUAUAUCUGGCUCGGUGUGUCGCGCGAGCGCGACACCACCAAGGCCGUCCAGGCGUUUGAGGUCGAGGCGGGCAACAAUGUCGCGGUCCCGCCGUCGUUCCCGGAUGUGGCACGUGCGCGCCUCCAAACCGCCAAGGCCGAGCCCUCGACCGAAAAGGUGGCCGAGCUGAAGCAGGACCUCGCAAUCCAGUGGCCCCAGAGCUCCUUCCACUACCAGCAGCGCCAUUGGCGCCUGCCGUUCGUGGACGAUCGCUUCAGCGACAUGUUCCGCACGUGGAUCUACGGCUUCACGUGGGAGGACCCCUACGUGGACAUUGAGCACCUCGAUCUCGGCCCCGAGGACUCGAUUCUGUGCAUUACGAGUGCCGGCGAUAAUGCGCUGCACUACGCGUGCACGUCCAAGCCCCGCCGCAUCCAUGCGGUGGACAUGAACCCUUGCCAGGGUCACCUGCUCGAGCUGAAGCUCGCCGCGAUCGCGACGCUCGACUACGAAACCUUCUGGCAGAUGUUUGGCGACGGCAAGGCCCCCAACUUCCCUCAGCUGCUCGACGAGCGUAUCUCGCCGAACCUGUCUUCGCACGCAUACCAGUUCUGGCGCACGAACAACUCGUCGUUCGAUAAGGCGUUCUACUUCCGUGGUUACUCGGGUCACGCGCUUCGUCUCGCUAAGGCCGCGUUCCAGCUGAUGGGCGUGCGCAAGGACGUGGACAAGAUGUGCACCACCCGUUCCAUUGAGGAGCAAAAGCAGAUCUGGGACACCAAGGUGCGCAAAACGAUCAUCAACGAGACGCUGAUUCGCCUCUUUUUGGCGAACCCCGCGUUCCUCUGGAACGCGCUCGGCGUCCCGAUGAACCAGCUCAACAUCUUCAAAAAGGAGGGCAGUGUGGAGCAGUUUGCCAUCGACACGCUGGACGCGGUCCCGGCGCGCUCCUUGCUCUCGACGGAAAACUACCACUACCGCCUCUGCCUGAUGGGCAACUACACCAAGGAGAGCUGCCCGCUCUACCUCAAGCGGGACGCUUUCGAAAAGCUCAAGGCGAACAACAGCGAGGCGCUCGACUCGUUCCGCCUGCACACCGACUCGAUCGUGUCGGUGUUGCGCGGCAUGCAGGACAGCUCGCUGACGCGCGCCAUCCUCAUGGACCACAUGGACUGGUUCGACCCGAUCCCGGCCUCGGUCGCGCUCCCGAGCCUCGAAAAGGCGCGCGACGAGGAGGACAAGUCCAUCUCGGACCUCGACCGCGAGGUCGUGGAGCUUGCACGCGUCAUUGCCAAGGGCGGCAUCGUGUUCUGGCGCAGCGCUGCGAAGCACCCCUGGUACUCGGAGCGCUUCGAGGCGGCUGGUUUCCGUGUCUCGCCCGUGCACAUCCGCGAGACGAACAAGCCGAUUGACAACGUGAACAUGUACGCCUCCUUCUACCGCGCCGUGCGCCAGUAG